GAGACAAAAUACUACGAGCUGCUCGGAAUUUCCACGACAGCGACCGCAGACGAAGUAAAAAAGGCGUAUCGUAGGCUCUCGCUCAAAUGGCAUCCAGACAAAAACCCCACACGCCGCGAGGAAGCAUCCGAGCAGUUCAAGCUCCUUGCACAGGCUUACUCUGUGCUGAGCGACUCUGAGCUGCGAAUGCAAUAUGACCGACAUGGCGAAGCC